GAUUCGCAAAGAAGGACCCUUUUUUUUUCAUCCUGCCAGCAUCAUAACUCCUUCCAUGCUAGGCGAUUGGAGCGGGCUAUGCGGUGGUGUUCAAGUGUAUAAGAAUCAAGAUGAUAAGGAUGUCAUUUUGCCAGGCAGGUUCUGUUGUCUAUAAACCACCAACGUAUCAACAUGUCGUCUUCUCACCUUCAUCUGAGCCCACCUUUUCGUGCCGAGCAUGUUGGUUCACUGCUGCGUCCCACUGCGCUCUACCAAAAGCGAAGUGAUUUCGAAGAGAAGAGGUGUACACUUGCGGAUCUCGCUGCAGUAGAAGAAGAUGCUAUCCGAAAAUCUGUAAAGUUACAAAAAGAUCUCGGUAUCAAGACUAUCACAGAUGGUGAAAUGAGAAGGGGCAUGUUUUUUCAAGGUGUCUUCGACCGUAUGGAAGGCAUGACAUCUAUUCCCAAUCGUCCUAUUGAAACUUUCAAGCCCUACAUUCCUCAUAUAGCUUUGAUGUACGCGCAUGGCGUAAAGGAAGAGGCGACGAUUUUCUGCACAGGUAAAAUCAAAAGGACCAAACCUUUCUAUGUUGAGGAUUUCAAGUUUCUCAAGACUCUUGUUUCCCCUGAGGAAGUAAAAGACCUCAAGGUCACUAUCGUUUCGCCUUCGUGGUUUCAUCAACGUCAUGGAUCGGAUCUGACCUACGACUUAAAUGUGUAUAAGAAUGACACUGAGUACUUCGAUGAUGUGGGCAAGGCAUUCAGAGAAGAGAUAGACGAACUUUAUACCCUUGGAUGCCGCCAUAUUCAAAUUGACGAUCCUACGUUUUGUUACUUUUGUUCAGAAGCCAUGAUAACGGGGAUGGAAGCUGCUUGCGUGGACCAUGAAGCCCUUCUAGAUAGCUACAUCCGCGCGAUCAAUGUGUGUGUCAAAGGUCGACCGUCUGAUUUACGAAUCAGUGUGCACACGUGUCGAGGCAAUUUUGGGGGUCUGCAUUUCACUGAAGGCGCAUAUGACCGCAUUGCUAGCAAGCUUUUCAACACGCUGGAUGUUGACACUUUCUACCUUGAAUACGACAGUCCUCGUGCUGGUAAUUUCCAAGCGCUGAAACACCUACCUAAAAAUAAAGUUGCUGUCUUAGGGCUUGUGACUACAAAGAGCCCUGAGAUGGAGAACGCUGCAGAAUUGAAAGCUCGGGUUGAAGAAGCAGCAGAGAUAAUGACUCACGGCUUCCCAAAGCGCUCCAAAGAAGAAGCUCUUAACCAGUUAUGUAUCAGCACGCAGUGCGGAUUCGCGUCUAUUUGGCAAGGAAAUCCAAUCACCGAAGAGGACCAAACGAAGAAACUGAAGUUGCUCGUCGAUGUUGCAAAGCAAAUAUGGUCCGACUAG